UAUGUAAAGGUCUGAGCCCUUCCUUCCGCCGCUCCUCUAUUCUGCCGCUUCUUAUUCUCUCUUCUCGACGCGAUAGAGAACAUGAAGACCUCCCAGAAACUUUACUUGCUCCAACUUCUGGUGAGGGAUUGCCUACCCGAGGAGAGCGGCCCUACUCCGGUCCUCUCGGACCUCUCCUUCAUCAUCUCCAAGAUCAAGACUGUCGACCUACUCUCCGAGCAACUCCCCAAUCCCUCCAAUACGAAGCUGGUGGAGGCGUGGCGAGCCGCCAUGGAUGCCUGGUUAGAACGCGUCAUCUCGUUGACAUCUAGUAAAAUGCCAGACAAAUGUUGGGUGGGCGUAAGCUUGCUAGGUGUGACUUGUGGAAAGUGCAGCUCUGCCCGUUUCAUUACUUCUUAUUCUGUUUGGUUCCAGAAGCUAUUGUCAAUUAUUCAGCUACCACCCAACUCCAGUUUUGUAAGAGUGGCAGUUUGUACUUCAUUAUCUGAUCUUUUCACCAGGUUGACUCUUUUUUCAAACUUGAAGAAAGUUGGAAUAGCUUUUGCUGGGAAGGUUAUACCACCAAUUAUCAAGUUGUUGAAUGAGAAUGGAUCAGAUGUUGUAUUGGAAGGGGUUCUUACUUUGUUAUGCACCAUUCUGAAGUUAUUUCCUUCCUUGCAUGGGCUCUAUGACAAUGUUCAGGCUGCUCUUGUCGCAAAGAUUGUGCCAUCAAGUUCUAAUGCAGAUUUAUCAAAGAAAAUAGCGAAUUGUUUGGCACUUCUCCCUAUGGCAAAAAUCGAUGAAGAUAGUUGGUCUCUCAUGAUGCAGCAGAUUAUCAUGGAGAUAGAUAUUCUUUUGAAUUAUAGCUUACAAGGACUAGAAGGAGAAAUGAGAAGUUCUUCAAUUGUGAGAUUGUUGAUUCCACCAGGAAGGCACCCCCCUUCCCCAUUGGGCAUACUGUCAUCAUUGAAUAAAGUUUCAGAGCAAUCAACAAAAAGAUUUCUCAAAUUGGUAGUCCCUACAAUUGUCACUCUUAUGCAGUGUUGCUGCAUGAUGCUUACCAAUCCUUAUCCUAUUCAGGUUAUUGUUCCUAUUUCCCCCUUAGUUGCACUGGUUCAGAGAGUGCUUAUGGUAGAUGGCUCAUCACAUGUUUCUUUAACUGGAUUCACAACCAUCAUUGAUAAAGAUCUUGUAUGCCAUGAUCCAACAUUACACUUGGGUGGCAUGGAUCUUUUGAUUGCUCUUAUAGAAGGAGUUAAGAGUCAACUCAUACCACAUGCUGCCACUAUUGCACGAAUUCUGAUGGAGUAUUCCAAGAGAGAGAUAUUGCCAUCUCAAAGGAUAAAAUUGUAUUCUGUGGAGUCUUUGCUGAUCUCCAUGGGAGCUGGAAUAACUUUGUAUCUUGCUCAAGAGCUAAUCAAUAAUGCUUCAGCUGAUUUGAAUGAUCACUCGGGAAGCAAUACAUAUAUAUCAUAUCAGCACUUGUCAAUAGAAUUUGAUCAAGCUAUGACACAAAACGACCUUUCUAUAAAAACAGCUGCACUUAAGGCAUUGGAAGCUCUUCUUAUUGCAGGUGGUCCUUUGAAAUCAAAAGCUUGGCGAUCAGAAACGGAUUUUUUGUUGAUAACUGUAGCAAGAAAUGCCUUUGAUAUGAGAUGGGCUAACGGGGGGAAUUCUUCAACUGUGGAACUUGAAUCAACCACCUCCAGACUUGAUUUUCUGCUUACGGCAUUGUCUGCUCUAUUAAUAUCUUUGAAAUCUACGUCACAUGUUCGUCCUCCUCACUUAUGUGAAGCGCUUGAGAUUUUUCACAGAGGAAAACUGGAAGGUGGAGCAGUACUUGCUGCAAUGUGUGGUGUUGCACUACUGGACUUGGAAAAUCUUAUCCAUCCUCGAGCACUUCCUCUAAUAAAUACUGAAGAUUCAAUUCUUAAAGCUUGCAAACAGAGAUACCACGGAAAUACAUUUUACGGUGGUUAUCCAAAUUCAGAGACAUCUACUUUUUCAAUAGGUAAUAUAGGUGCAACAAAUAAUAUGGAUGAUAACAACAAUGACGAGGAUGAAUUGUUGAAUGGCUGGCUGCGCUCUGAUAAAGAAGAGAGACCUGUUCAGUUUUCAAACACUAAUGGUGAACCAUCAAGGAAAUAUGUAGCAGGCACAAAUGGCCCAAGCAAAGAUAUAGAUAUGGAUGGGCCAAGCAAAGUAGAAGAGGUCAAUGUCCAAACUAUUGUUACAGGUGACGAAAAUAAAGCUUCUGAUGAAAGUGAUGUAGCUGUCCAUGUUGUACCAAUGGAAACUGACAACAAUAAUCUAAUGGUGUCUAACAUUAUAAAUGGGGAACACCCCAGUAGUUCAGGAGCUCCAGAGAUACUAGGAAGAGUUUCUAAAAAUACUAUUAUGGUUGAUACUUGGAAAAGCUUGGAUGUUCCUGACAUGGGAAAACAACUCCAAAUAGGGACAGCGUCAACUGAAAAUGUCCGUGAUAAGCAAAGAGAACUAGCUCCUAUGUAUGAUUCUGAUUCAAUUUCACUUGAUUCACUACCUGGUAUUGUUGAUGCUGAUCCAGAUUCUGAGUAGCUUUAAGUUAUAUUCUUUGUUUGCACUGUUUGGAAAAAAAAAAAGUUUAAACCUGUCAAUUUUAUUGCUCAAACAUAUGUACUAAUACAUUUUAGUCUUUUUGAUCCCAUUGUUA